UCCGAAAUCGCAGGACCCAGAAUCAAGUUGUCAAACUGUGUUGUGCAGUAUGAACUAAAAUUAUUUAAUACCAACUACAAAUUGCUUGAUCGAUCGCAGGUUGAAUCUAGUGUAUUAUUUUACUCUUUCGAAAUGGAAUGGUCUCGAGAGAAAACCUUGAAAUUAGUCGGAUUACUUCAAGUAAAUGCAGCGCUUUGGAAUCCUAGUAAUUGUGAAACUAGGCGCGAGAAGCAAAAACGCAAACAGGAGCUUCGUUCUAUUGCAAAUGUAUUUAGAAUAUCGGUUUUCGACAUAACAAAGAAAAUACAGCAUUUGAGGACUCAAUAUAACAGAGAAUUAGCUCGAGAGACUCUAGCCCGUUCUCAAGAUCCAAACGAUAGAUACGUUACAAAUUGGUAUGCCUAUGAUUACCUACAUUUUUUAAAGGACUCAAAUAAGCCAUUCAGACUUGUUCAUUCGGAUAUUUAUACAUUUAACAAUACAUCAACUGAUAAUGCAAUAUCACCCGAUGAGAAUAAAAAUGAUGCCUUAUCACCGCCAUCUAAAAUGACUAGAACUGAAAAUAUAUUGGACCCCAACUUAGUUUACUCAUCGACAGCAAAGAGAGAUGAAUUUUCAGUAUUUGGUGAGUACAUUGCAAAUGAACUGCGUUCACUAAAAUGUGAAAGAAGCCUAUUACUUGCAAAGAAGAGAAUGCAAGAUGUAAUAUUUGAUGUCAAAAUGAAUAUGCUAACUGAAUAUAGUCUGAAACCUACCAAUGUCUUCACAACAGCCAUUUCUCAAGCUGAGCCAGUGCGGAAUGAAAAAUUAUUGUAUACUGUACCUGUUAUUAACAAUAAUGAAGCAUUACCGACAUCUCAAGCACCUCCAACAUCGGCAAUUAAUGAGAUUAUUAUUAAUGGAUCCUGCCACUAUUCAACAUUCAAAGUGGAUGAACAAUAGCAAUGCCAACCACUUCCCAAUGCAGAAGUGGAUAAACCUGAAGAAUAUGAUAUGAGACAUUGAGUUAUUAUCUCUUUAUGGAAAUAUAAUCAGAAGUGAUUUAUGAACUUGUCCUAAAUUUCUAAGGUACACAAAUAACUUGUAUUUUAGAAGAAACAUGUUAUUAAUGACUUCAUAAAUUGUGUAGAUUAGUUGUAAAUGUAAAUAAAUAUUUGUAUAUAAGAUUCAGUAUUAUAGACACAGUAUUAUAAACUUACGCCCAUAUUCAAUACAAUCAGUGUAAUUGCACUAUCUUAACUAAAGUAUUCUUUUCUCUGUCUUUGUGUUAAUGUUGUGAUAUUAUGAGCGCUUUAGUUUAAACUGUACAAUGACACAUCUAGUCGUUUAUAAUAAAAGUGAUGUGAAUAUAAUUGUAUUAUAUAAAAAAAUUACAUAGGACUAUGUAUUUAUGUUCAAUUAUUUUAAGAAAUAAAAGUGUAUUUAUCACAAUUUUUUAUAAUUAGUUUGCCUUUAAAUUACCUAGUAAGUAAUAGUUUAUAAUGCAAUGCCAAAUUGAAUUUUUUCACAUUAUACAGAAGAUAAGAUGUUACUCAAACAACUAAUGAUAUUAUGUACUAAGAAUACUUAAGUUUUUUUGUUCUUCUUCCCUGCUUUUGUGUCCAGGGACUUUUUUUCAUCUCUUAUAUUGUUACUAAAAAGAUACAUAAAAUAAAAUCAUACUUCGUGUCAUCGGUAAUAUUAUUAUUUACAAUAUUUAUGGCCGAGACCCGUUCUUUCAUUUUUGUUUGCCUCAAUAAUUUUCUCGCUGAACCAUUCCAGGUACUGUCUGUGCUUUGUUAACAUGUCCUAUAGACCGUUACGGUCUACUGGCAUCAUGUUGCUCAAGGUUAUUCCUGGACGGUGCGAAUAUAGGGCAAUGUAUAAACGUGUUCUACAGUUCGAAAUUAUUGCAGCUAUGCAGGUAAUGUGCAAAGACCUGUGCCCUGUAAUAAUUCGUGCCAUCUGGAUCUAGUGUGAAACGCUUCUCUAUAUAACAUCUCCAAUAAAUGCAGCUCUAACAUCUCUAAUAAAUAUUUUUGUAUUUGCAGCUGUUUCAUCCCCAGGUAGCGCUCAUUCCAUACUUCUAACAUCUUUUACCUUAUCUGGCGUUUAAUAUAUGACAGGGGUAUGCGGCGUAUUCAGGUUUUUUUCUUAGUUUUUCCGCCGCUUCUUUUGCUAACGUGUCCGCCCUCUCGUUCCCCGGUGUAUCAACGUGCGCUUUUACCUAGAAAAGACUUAUAUGAAUUCCGCUUUUACGGCACCCUUCUAGGCUCCGGCGGAUCUCGGCUACCUGAGGAUCGAGAGACCCGCCACUCACAAUUGCAUCUAAUGCUGACCUACAGUCACUAGAUUUUGCAUCACGCUUUAUUCCCUCUUUCCAUUGCGGCCAUGCGGCGCUUAUACGUCUAUACAUUUUCGUAAAAAUAUGGCCCGUCUAGGAGCCCCUUUAGAGGUAGAAUAUUAUAUUUCGUGGAAAUGUUGGAGAGACUGGGGCUGCGUGUGAAAAAUAAUCACACUCGGCGUGUUAAACGGUCGCAAUUGCUUGCAGGGCCUCGAAUCUCGAGUGCGUACAAAUUUACGGGCGUCUAGCGCACCCUGAAUAUUAUUACUUGUGAGACGGAUCUAUUUAGUUUCACACUGG